CCCCGAGUGAGGACUGCACCCGUAGACAGAACAGCCUGAGCCAGGAUGCAGGCUCUCAGGGCUGCUCUCCUCAUCUUGCUACUAAGUGGACAGCCAGGGAGUGGCUGGGCACAAGAAGAUGGUGAUGCGGACCUGGAGCCAGAGAACUACAACUACGAUGAUGACGAUGAUGAAGAGGAAGAGGAGGAGACCAACAUGAUCCCUGGAAGCAGGGACAGAGCACCUCUACAGUGCUACUUCUGUCAAGUGCUUCACAGCGGGGAGAGCUGCAAUCAGACACAGAGCUGCUCUGGCAGCAAACCCUUCUGCAUCACGGUCAUCUCCCACAGCGGAACCGACAAAGGUUAUCUGACUACCUACUCCAUGUGGUGUACUGAUACCUGCCAGCCCAUCAUCAAGACAGUGGAAGGCACCCAGAUGACCCAGACCUGUUGCCAGUCCACACUGUGCAAUAUUCCACCCUGGCAAAGCCCCCAAGUCCAGAACCCUCUGGGUGGCCGAGCAGACAGCCCCCUGGAGAGUGGGACUAGACAUCCUCAGGGUGGCAAGUUUAGCCACCCCCAGGUUGUCAAGGCUGCUCAUCCUCAGAGCAAUGGGGCUAACUUGCCUAAGAGUGGCAAGGCUAACCAGCCCCAGGGAAGUGGGGCAGGAUACCCUUCAGGCUGGACCAAAUUUGGUAAUAUAGCCCUCCUGCUCAGCUUCUUCACUAGUCUGUGGGCAUCAGGGGCCUGAAGACCCGUCCUCCUCCAACCAGGACACCCUGGCCUCUCCUUCCUGACAACCAGCUUCAGAGAAUAAACUUGAAUGUCUUUUGCCAUCUA